AUGGGCGCGGUAUGGUCAAGUAUUGACAAAGCUAAGAAUGGAUUUUGGAGACUGAACAUAGAUGUGAAGGAGAUAAUGAACACGAUUGAUGGUGGUUUAACGUGGAGUUCGGAUUUUGUUGUGGAUGGAAAUUUUAGCGUGGCGAAGCUGCGAAGUAGACUCGACAGAGCAUCACAUCCGGUCAGCGAUGGUGAAUUUUGGUGGCUAAAUUCGGUUCCAAAAAAGGUGGUGAGUUUUAUCUGGCGAGCUAAACAGGGCAGGAUCCCAUCAGCAGAGGAGUUGGCUAAGAGGAACAUUCCUGUUCCAUCCCCAAUGUGUGGGUUAUUUGCAGACAUAGAGGAAUCAGCUAACCACAUUCUCACUGCCUGCAGUCUGGCGAAGGAUACUAUAAAUAUGGUGCUUAGCUGGUGUGGAAUCUCCACUUAA